AUGUCGAGAUCUAGCCAUCACAGCCCUCACCGCGAGGAGAAGCUGGAACUUUUGGCCAAGCAUGUCUCUGACGUCGAAAGCGACAGUGACAUCUUUGAGGAAAAGCCUCGCUUUUCUUUGACCCUCUCUUGCCAAAUCCUCACCGCGCCCUGGAUCUACGCUCGGUCGACGUCGUGGCGACCGCUCCUCCUCCUCCGUCUCGGCGUCUUUCUUAUUCCCAGCUUCCUCCAAGGACGCCAUGCCCGUGAGCAGAUUCGGCCUGCUCACCUGUCGCCCACAGCCUACCUCGAUGGCAUGCGUGGCCUAGCUGCCCUCGUUGUCUUCUUCUGCCAUUACUUCUACCAGGCCUUUAUCAUUGCCGAGGGCUGGGGCGCCGGUGAGACCAACUACCACCUCCUCAAACUGCCCUUUAUCCGCCUCUUCUACCAAGGCCCGCCCGCCGUCUGCCUCUUUUUUGUCAUUUCCGGAUAUGCCCUCUCCUAUCGGCCGCUCAAGCUCGUCCGGAGUCGGGCCCCGGCCGACCUCGCCACCGCAAUCAGCUCCCUCGUCUUUCGCCGCGGUAUCCGCUUGUACCUGCCAACGGCCAUCUCCACCCUCCUCAUUGUCUGCCUGCUGCGCGUCGGCGCCUACGAAUGGACGCGAGAGUUUGCCACGGACAGGACGUACAUGAAGAACGUAGUCGAAACGCAUCCCCCUCGAAUGGAGUUUGCCUCGGACCAAUUACUCGAUUGGGCCAAGCACAUGUAUCGCUUUGUCCAUGUGUUUGACUGGAACCAGUUUGGCGGUAGCACUUACUACGACGUCCAUCUUUGGACGAUACCCGUCGAAUUCCGCUGCUCACUGUACCUGUUCCUGGUCCUCAUUGGCACCGCACGCCUUCAGGCCAAGUUUCGAUUCAUCGUCGUUGGUGGCAUCAUGUGGUUCGUCUACAGCCACUCGCGUUGGGAGCUGCUCCUGUUUCUCUGUGGUAUGGUCCUCGCCGAGAUGGACCUUAUCCGCGGCGCCCACAAGACCUCUUCUCCCGACCUUUUACUCUGCAAACUUGCCCCGGUGCGGCGUCCCCGCUGGAAGCGCCUCUGUUGGGCCGGUCUCGCCCUUGUCGGCCUGUACCUGAUGUGCCAGCCGGACUUGAAGGGCAACAUCACUCCCGGUUGGGUCUGGCUGCACUCGCAGAUUCCCAUAUGGUGGCGGGCGGAUCCUUAUCGCUACUACCAGUCGCUCGGCGCCGUUGUCUUUGCCUACGCCGUCGGCCACUCCCCGUCGUGGCAGGCGUUUUUCAACACAGCCCCGGUGCAGUACUUUGGCAAAAUCUCCUACGCCUUAUACCUCAUGCACGGGCCGGCCCUGCACUGUAUCGGCUAUCACUGGGAGAGAAUGGCCUACGCCAUAACCGGCGUCGACGGCUACUGGUACAACGUGGGCUUCGUCCUCGGCGCCGUCUUUUGCAUCCCAACGGUGGUGUGGUGCGCCGACAUAUUUUGGAGGGCCGUCGAUAUUCCGACGGUCAAGUUUGCCAAGUGGGUGGAAUCUAAAUGCAUUGUUCAAGCGUAA